AAGGCAACUCUAGGCAGCUCCGUAUCCAUUGUGAAGAUCCGUGUUAUUUUCAGCUUCCGUGUUGCUGGCUAUAGAUUUUAGAUUCACUGGAGCCCCAGCUGUCAUUAAAAAAUGAUGAAUAUAUAAUUUGAAGACUAGUUUUACUAUUGUAAUUUUUAAAAAAAUUAAGGAUUUUAUGCAUGGAAGAAAACACAGAAAUGUUACCACUUGCAAGUGGAACUGUUGCAGAUGAUGACUUUGGAGAAUUGCUUGAUCAGGAUUAUUCUUCUGAAGAUCUUCAUUUUUUAAAUGAUUUGAUUGACCAAAGCCCAGCGCCAUCUCAAUGUGAGACGUUACAGGAAAGGGCCAACAUCGCAGUGUAUGAAGACAUCAGCCAGCCAGAAGUUUACCCUAGCCUACCUGUUGAUGACUCCACUCUUAGUUCAGAAACGUCUCUUAAUUCUGGUUUUAUUAGCUCAAACAGUGUUCAGCCUCAGCCAAAUAUUCAAGAAACUGCAACAAAUAUAUUUCACAGUGAUAAUAUAUUAACUGAUUCCAGCUUACAGCCAAGAGGUUCUAUUCAAGUAGAUGCAAAUGCUGAUAACCUUUUUGAUUCUUUUUUUGGAGGGCUGGAGAGAAACGAAAGCCCACAUCCAACUCAGCCUGAUGUACCAGAAACAAAUAAUACUCCAUAUGAUAACAUAAAUACACACGGAUUAAAUUCUAGAACAGCUUCAACAAGAUCCCUUGAUGAUGAUGAUGAUGAUGUUGUGGAAAUUUUCCCUAGAACUUUUAAUAUACCUGCAAGACACUACAGCCCUGAGUUUCCUCAACCUGAAUUUGGUUUGCCUGAGAAUAGGAAUAUAUAUGACAGUCACAGUAAUCAAGGGAAUUCAAGUUUAUUUUCAAAACACACAGUGCAGGAUUAUCCAACAGCUUCCCAUUCACCUUACUUUUUUUCUAGAAAUCUGAACACCAGCCAUAUUCCGACACAGACAUCUCAGAUUGAAAACCAACAUGGGAUGAGUACCUCUAGUGUGUUUGGUAACACAAGCAGACAUGGACUUACAUACCCUAGUUCACAUUCCAGGAGUUUUGAUAACCUCGAUGGUGAAGUAAUUGACUUGUCUGUAAACUCUCCAUCGAGCAGAUCACCUAGCAAUCUAAGUCCAGCGCCUACCCAACUCCAGCCGUCUACUCAAAACGCAGCUAACAGUUUGCCACCCAGUAUACAAGAACCUGUUUUUAGAUCUUCUAUGAUGAGUUCAGUACAAUAUGAUGAAUCGCAGGAUUAUCCCAGACACAACAGUAGAAGUUCCUACUGGAACUCUCAUUUAGCUGGGCUUUUGGAUGAAGAUGAGGAAGUUUUUGAGGACACAUUGCGGGCUACAGAUUUGUUGCAUCGACCAAGACCAAGUAGUUUAGAUUUCCCCCCAGUGGAGUCAUUGUAUCCUACAAUAAUAGACUCUCCAGUUUUUUCUCAAAGUGCUAAGCAACAGUUUGGUGUGUUCCAGUCGGAGGUUGUUAGUGUGCGACCAAACUUCAGCAUGGUAUCCAACCAUGAAAAAGUUGUUCUUAUAAGAUCAUCCACAAUGAUGGAUUUUUACGGGAUUCGUGUUGAAAACCAUCAAGGUGCCCAUAUAGGAAUGAUAAAGCGUGAACAUUGUCAAUCCUUGUCUCAAAUCAUGGACCAGUCUUUAGCUGAGCUUGAUGGGAUGAUUAUACACAAUGAUAACAGCAAAUUCCGGGUACCCAUUGAGGUCCAAGUAAAAGGGAUUCCUGAAAACAAGUCGAGGGUCAUAAAUAUCCUUUCACUUGCUGGAAUUGAAGUCACUAACAACUCUAUGAACAGAGUUGCUGAAGAUCUGCCAGCUACAUCUUCUUUAUGGAGUUCUGCAGCUGUUGAGUACGAUCAUGUGGUGUCAUCCAGGACAUUUGUUACACCUACAGAGAUGGAGAAUGAACUAGACAAAAUGUUUCAAACUUUAGAUGAAGGAGACAAAGUGACAGAGGCAGCACCAGCAAAGGCUGUGAAGACACCUCUGUACUCUCAUCAAAAACAAGCUCUCAAUUGGAUGAUGUGCAAGGAGAAUAAAGAUUCCCUGCCCCCUUUUUGGGAAAAAAGAAAAGAAUUUUAUUUUAAUACACUUGAUAAGAAGCGUACCUAUACCAAACCUGAUAGUAUUCAUGGAGGUAUCUUAGCUGAUGACAUGGGUCUUGGAAAAACGUUAGAAAUGAUUUCUUUAAUAACAACUAAUUUUGUUAAUGGGAAUCCCAUAGCUGUAACUCAUCCCAGUAUAAAUAGAGCUCCAUUUUCACAGACAGCAAAGGUUUGCAAGCCUGUAUCAGAGAGAAUGAGACCACACUUUGAGCCCAGCGCUAACGAACCAAGUUCUUCCUACAUUGGACUUUGGUCAGAUGCUACCUCAGGAGAUGUGUUUCCAUCAAAGGAAAUGCUCUACAAGCCUUCUCAGUCUUCCUCCAACAUGUCUAUGGAAUGCUACAACUUUUUAAACAAUGUGAAAAUGGAAGAUGAAGAGUUUUCUUCAUCAAACUUGGAACUCUCAGGAUCAGUCUCACACAAUAAUAGCCCACGGAAAAGACAACUUGUAAAUGAAAUGCCAGACUGUCAAGGGGAAUAUAAUACAGGUGCUGGUAAAAAGUCAAAAUCGAAUGAAUCUCUACAAAGUUUGUGUGAAGAAUCCGAUAAUUUAACUGGAGAAGAAAUGGCAGCCAUGUGUCUUAUGAAUCUAAAGAAAGCUAGUACACCUUUCUGUGAAAGAAAUGAAUCAAUGCCUGUAAAUGGAUUUAAUUACAUGGAAAGAAAAGAAUUAACUACCGUAAAUGGAUUUAACAGUACUGAAGGAAAUCAACCGUUUCAAAAUGGAUUUGUCUAUAGUGAAAGAAGUGAACCAAAUCCUAUUGAGGAAUUCAAAUUUACUCCGAAAAAUGAACCGACUAUAUAUGGAUUUAACUAUGGAGAUACAGCUGACCACAUAAAUGGACAAGGAGCUAAUUUUACUCCCGAUAUCAGCAACAGUGCAGAAACAUGCAUCAAUGUUGAUGAUUUGCCUGAUACACCAAUCACAAUAUAUGAUUCUGAUGAAGACAGUACUGAAAAUCACUCAGCCAUCCACAGUUCACCCAAAAAACAUAAUGCUGUCCCACCUGUUGAAGAGAAAAAAUACUCAACAUGGGUUGACAAAGAGACUGGUCGUACGUUAACAGAUGGACCCAGGGGAACUUUGAUUAUCUGCCCCCUUAGUGUCAUCAGUAACUGGGUGGACCAGUUUGAGGAACACAUUCAUAAAACUGUCUGCCUCCAUCUUCAUGUUUACUACGGCCCAAAGCGCACGAACAAUGUGGAGUUUCUGCAGGACCAAGACGUCAUCAUUACUACCUAUUCAACACUAAUGUCAGAUUUUAAGAAAGGGUCUGAUAGCCCGCUACACCAGAUUCAGUGGCUUCGUAUUGUACUUGACGAGGGGCACACAAUAAGAAAUCCUGCAGCCCAACAAACAAAAGCCAUAUUCCAGUUGAAUUCCAUCAGGCGAUGGGUUUUAACAGGCACUCCAAUACAAAACUCUCUGAAAGAUCUGUGGUCCCUGAUCAACUUCCUACAAGUAAAACCAUUCACUGAGAAGAAAAUCUGGAAUGAGAUCAUUGCCUUGCCUCUAGUCAAAAGAGAGCGUACAGCACUCAGACGAGUGGCACAUCUAGUAAAAAAUCUGGCUAUGCGUCGCACAAAAUGUCAGCAGCUGAAUGGCAAACCUCUAGUGUCUUUACCUAAACGUGAAGUUUACUUAGAGAAAAUUACAUUAACUGCUGAUGAAAGAAAAGAGUAUGAAUUUUUGCAGAGCAAUGGCAAAAAUAUUGUUGGCAACUACUACAGGGAAGGAACUCUCCUAGAUAAUUAUGGAGCUGUCCUGACAAUCCUAUUAAGGCUACGACAGAUGUGUUGUCAUCCACGUCUCAUACCAAGAUCUGCACUUAAACAGAGAAAACUAGAAUUGGAUGGUUCAGUACAGAGAGACUUGACCGGAGCCGAGAAAGAAGAACGUCAGAAGCUGAUAGAUCUGCUGAAGACAGUCCUGGAGUCUGGAUCUGAUGAAGAAUGUUCCAUAUGCUUAGAAAGUCUCAAGCAGCCUGUGAUAACAACAUGUGCUCAUGUCUACUGCAAGAACUGCAUUGAAGCUGUGUUUGAAAAAAGUCAAGAUCCAAAAUGCCCAAUGUGUAGAGCAAUGCUGGACAGCUCUGGUCUAAUUGGUGUGUCUGAGACUAAAGAUGGGACAGGUGAGGAAGAGAAUGAGUUGGAUCCUGACGAGUGGCGCACUAGCUCAAAGGUGGAUGCCUUGAUGAAAGCUUUGAAUGAACUAAGACAAAGGGAGCCUAAUGUGAAGAGUGUAGUUGUAUCACAGUUCACUUCCCUGUUGACUUUACUGGAAACACCCUUAUAUGAGCAGGGGUUCCAUUUUGCUCGUCUUGAUGGCAGCAUGAAGGCCUCGGACAGAGCGCAGGCUGUCCAACUGUUCUCAUCCCCGGGGCCUGACACGCCCACCAUCUUCCUCCUGUCUCUUAAAGCUGGUGGAGUGGGCAUCAAUUUAACUGCUGCUUCCAGAGUUUUUCUCAUGGAUCCGGUGAGUUUAAAUCUUAUUGCUAUUUUUAUUGCUUAA